AAAAAAAAAAAAAAAAAAAAUCUUCUUCCCUUGGGACUUGGGUAGAACUUGGCGCUCGGAGACGGGGAGUGAGUGGAAACUCUCGAGCGACGACGUUUUAGCAUUGGUCGCUCAGAGGAUCAUCUCCUCUCGUCAUCUGAUCAUCAGACUUUCCUGCUCUGAGUGGCCGGUUGGUUCUUCAAAGAUGCCUCGUGCAUCAUCAGCUGUGGAUCUCUUUCGCUCUGCUUCAGGUAAAGCAGCAAGUAAAGAGUUAGAACGAAUUGAUCAGGUCUUUUAUACCUAUGCUAAUAAUUUGUCUGGUGUAAUUGACCCUGAAGGUAUUGAGUCUCUCUGUUCAGAUUUGGAAGUGGACCACACUGAUGUUCGCAUCCUAAUGCUUGCUUGGAAAAUGCAAGCUGAAAAGCAAGGAUAUUUUACUCUGGAGGAAUGGCGAAAAGCGCUUAAAGCACUAAGAGCUGACACAAUACAAAAAAUAAAGAAAGCACUUCCAGAACUUGAGAAGGAGGUCAGAAGACCAUCAAACUUUGUGGACUUUUAUGCCUACGCAUUUCGAUAUUGCUUAACUGAGGAGAACCAGAAGAGCAUAGACAUCGAGAGCAUCUGUGUGUUGCUCGAUCUUGUUUUGGGGCCCUAUUUUUGCACCCAAGUUGGUGCAUUUGUUCAGUUCUUACAGACACAGAGCGAGUAUAAGGUCAUAAACAUGGACCAGUGGAUGGGAUUUUAUAGAUUUUGCAAUGAGAUAAGUUUCCCAGAUUUUAGCAAUUACGAUCCAGAGCUUGCUUGGCCAUUGGUCCUAGACAACUUUGUGGACUGGAUGAGAGCAAAUCAGGGCUAGGUGAAUUGCUAUUCGGAAACUGAAAAUCUUUGCCUCACAGAGGCUAAAGGAUGAAAUUGGAUUCAGCUUAAAACGCGUGUUUGAUACCGCCAUUCAUCCGUUCUUUCUUACUUUUGCAUGUUGAUUGUUAAAAUGCUGUAACCUCUUUUGCUUCUGUAUUUCUUGUCAGCACUGAGAUGUAAAAUUAAGUUGAAUAUCUUAUUUAUGAACUUGUAUUGUUGAUAUAAUAAUAAUAUGAUCAUGUGUCUUGAUCUUUACUGGUUUGUU